AUGACGACCCCUCCUCCGAAGAGAUCCCCAAGCCCGGGCUUUUCAGCCAACCUCGACGACAAUCAUGAAGACAAGCGGCUCAAGAUCGACGAAAAUGUCGAAGAGGCACACAUCCCCCCUCCUGUUGGCCCUUUUUCCUCCCUUCAACCUCAAGAUUCAGCGCCAAGUGAGCCUGAAGAACAUAUCCCUCCCUUGCCCGCUUCGCCGCCGGCCCCCGAUGAAGAGCUCCCUGUCCGAGAUGGCUGUUCCACGUCACCGAGUGGUGACAUCCGCAUCCCCCUGUGGCAGAACGAGACCCGCGCCUUUAAUGGCGAGAUCAUUGUCUCCCCGACCUCAAAGAACAGGAACAAGAAAGCCGCCGCACGCAAAGUUGCCCGGCAGGCGCAAAGUGCCCCCUUGGUGGUUGAUGGAAAACCCCAGUUUAAUCUUUUUGUCGAUGGCUCCCACCAAAGGGCGGUAUCACUAUCGCACACCAAACCUCCGGACCCCGCCCUCAAGCCCGCUUUGCCCGUGGUGGCUACGGCGUAG